AUGACGGGCUACGCCCGCGGCGAGGCUGACUUCGCCGCAGCAGAACGCUUCCGCCGGGACGCGCGACCCGCCUCGCUCGCCCCUAAGGACUACUCGGUGCCUUUACACGUAGACUGCAGUAUCGAAUACGAGCUUCCCGACUGUGCCAAGCCGCCACAGGGCGUCAAGAUCGAGCCGCUGCUCAUGAUUCACCCCUCGCACUUCCGGAGGCUCGAAAGCCUGCGGCGCGUGCCCUUCGUGAACAACCUGCCUCGAGGGGACGCCGCAGCUGCCGCGGCCGUGACGCCGGGCCGAGGAGCACGGGCUCCGCGAGCGGCUCGACGAUGCUGCCGUGCAGCGCCCGCACCGCCCGUGCCGCCGCCGCAGCCGCAACCGGCGCAGGCCGCACGGGUCCGCGGGCCUGCGGACGAACCAGCACCACAUCAACUAGCCUGCUACCGCUUCGAAUCGUACGCGGCGGAGGCCGCCGGAGGCAAGCUGGCUGCUCGAGCCCGGCUGAAGCCGCACCCCUACCUGCCGCCUGAGGCGCUGGACUGUGAUAUAGCGCGCGCGCUCCCGCCGGCCGCCGCGCACUACGACCGCUUCGACAAGCGCGCGCUGCAGCAGCUGCCGAUCUACAUGUAG